AUGACCACCACCACUGAGCACUCUCGCACUACAGAACUGUCGCAAACCGUGACAAACAUUGACUCUAUAGCUGGGCCCGAUGCGAGUUAUGAGAAGAACCGCAGAGCAGAUUCACCACUGGAGAAUGGGCUGCCAUUGCAACAAGACGUAGCGCUUCUACAGGCAGCUCGCCAACGGCUGGUCUUGACGCAAGCCUACCCUGUUCCUCUGCCGAAAACAGAUGAUGAGCUCGUUGUGGAAAUCAGAGCAAUCGGAUUGAAUCCCGUGGACUGGAAAUCAAUCGAUUACAACUUUGCCAUCCCCCAGCUACCAUACAUCGCAGGACGCGAUUUUGCUGGUGUUGUCGUCCAGGCACCCGCUGCUUCGAGUCGCAUACGUCUUGGCGAUCUUGUCCUCAGUCCUUCGACGGAUUAUCGGGAUGUCAGGAAGUCGGCUUUCCAAGAGUAUGCGAUUUCCACACACCAAAACGUAGCCAGGAUACCGAGAAACAUUCAGACUACACAGGCAGCGUCAGUCGGUGUCGCAUUUGUUGCUGCCGCGCUCGCUCUAGGCAUCAGUCUCGGACUGAAAUUGCCUGCUCUUUCUGGUCAACCCGAACUUGAUUUGUGGGAAACAGUCCGUCAAGUGCCUGUCGCCGCAAUUCCUGCUGAUAUCGCAGCCGAAUGUCUGUCUAGCAUUGACAAUGCAGAACGCCCUCAACCCGGCGACUGGAUCGCUAUAUACGGUGGCUCAUCCACGAGUGCAUUGUUGAUCUCUGAGAUUGCGAAGUUGGCGAAGCUGAAGGUCAUCCUCCUUGCAGACAGUGUGAAGCACGGUGGGCGCCUCAGCGAGAGAGAAGGCAGCAUUAUUGUCGACAGCCAUGAUCCCAUUAGAGCUAUCAACAUCGUACGAUCAAUCACCAAAGAAAGGCUGAGAUUCGCAGUCGACACAGUCGGCAAAGAGACGGCAUCAUACAUAAUCCAGGCUUUGGAAGCAGACACAAAAGAGGGCAAGCGAGCUCAUCUUGUAGGACUGACCGGAGUACCAAAAGAGACAGUCGAAGGCAUCGUGUCCCACUCGGUACCGAUUAAGCUGUUCCACGAAGUACCAUCCAUCGGACUCGCCCUGAUGAAAUGGUUGGAAAGAGCUUUGGAGACUGAUGCGAUCGCACUGCCCGAAGUCGAGCACGCAACAGGAGGACUGGAUGGUAUCAACGCUGCACUGGACAAGAUGCGGCGCGGCGAGAUCUCCGGCCGCCGAUUGGUCGUUCCUGUGUAG